AUGAGUGAAGAUUCUCAUGAUGGCAGCAGCGAAAACUCGACAUACAAACCAAUCAUUGUAGCAUCUUCUAUCGGUUUACUCAUUGCUGCCUCGGUGCAUUAUGGCUUCAAAAGAAGAAGAUACCAAAUUGUCCCAUGUAUACGACUUUCAGACACUGGGCAACCGUUAAAACUUGAGAGAUUUCCUCAGUAUGUUGCUAGACAAAUGGGGUUCUCUGAUAGUAAAGAGUGUCCACAUUUGUUUAAGUUCGCGACGGAAUAUAUCAUGAAAGCCGAGGGGUAUGAGGAAGAGAUGUAUAUGUUUUUUGCUGAAGAGCCGAACGCAGAUUCGUUGUUCAUAAAGCUUGUGGAGGAGUUUGAGAGAUGCAUUCUUAGUUACUUUGCAUUUCAUUGGAGCAAUGCUCAUUUCAUGAUUAGUCAGGUAUUGGCUGGCUCUGAUCUUCAAGAGCCAAAAAAGAAGCUCAAGGACAUAGUCAUGCAAGCCACCAGGGAGCAAAGAUUCGAGAGGGUGACAAAGAAUCUGAAAGUGGCACGAGUGUUUACAACGUUGGUGGAGGAAAUGAAAGCCAUAGGCCUUUCGACUGCUGAUGACUCAGAGUGUACUGAUGUUAUGGUUCCAAUGGCACACAAAGAUAGAAGCCCAGUCCUCCUCUUCAUGGGUGGUGGCAUGGGAGCUGGAAAAAGCACAGCUCUUAAGGACAUUCUUAAAGAACCAUUUUGGGCGGGGGCAUCAGCAAAUGCAGUUGUCAUAGAGGCAGAUGCCUUCAAAGAGUCCGAUGUUAUUUAUAGAGCUCUUAGCUCCAGAGGCCACCAUGACAUGCUUCAAACCGCUGAACUGGUGCAUCAAUCGUCAACUGAUGCAGCAUCAUCCCUUCUUGUGACAGCAUUAAAUGAAGGGAGAGAUGUGAUUAUGGAUGGAACACUCUCUUGGGUUCCCUUUGUUGUGCAGACAAUAACAAUGGCAAGAAAUGUCCACCGUAAGCGUUAUCGCAUGGGACCUGGAUAUAAAGUGAAUGACGAUGGAAGUGUCACUGAGAACUACUGGGAACAGCUUGAAGAAGAAAGUGAACUAUUAGAUGGCCAUACCCGAAGAAGACCAUACAGGAUAGAAUUAGUUGGGGUUGUUUGUGAUGCCUAUUUAGCUGUUAUUAGAGGCAUAAGGAGAGCAAUCAUGUGUAGAAGGGCGGUAAGGGUGAGGUCACAGUUAACGUCACACAAGAGAUUCGCCAAGGCAUUUAUGACAUAUUGCCAACUAGUAGACAGUGCAAGGCUAUACCUAACCAAUGAUCUGGAUGGGCCACCAAAGAUGAUAGGAUGGAAAGAGAAAGAAAGGACAUUGUUGGUUGAUCCAGAUGAGAUAUCAUGCUUAAAGAUGGUUGAAAGAUUGAAUGAGAAAGCAGACUCCAUAUUUGAACUAUAUUGUAGUCCGAAUCCUGCACAUAAAAGAGGCUCAGUUUGGCACGACAUUGUAAUGUCACCUUCGAGAUUGAAAAUCCAGAAAGAGCUAAAGUAUGCAAUUCAGAAAAUCGAAAGGAAGAGAGGAUAAUGCAAUAGUGGACAGAUGAUGACAUGAUGUGAUGCUACCAACUAAAGUUUUGUAUUGCUACAU